GCCGUCGCACACUCACCUGUGCUCCCACCGCCGACAGCCUCCAUGGACGCCCGCCUGGCGCCACUCGGUCUCGCUGUCCUCGCAGCGAUAGUUGUCUCCAGCCGAGCGGCGACGGCGGAGGGCAACAAGUCGGCCAGAGCCUCUGCGCCUGCAGGGCCGCUCGCCGGGGGGAUGCAGCGCGGCCCGACGGGAGAAGGCACGCACCAGGAGGGGGCCAGGGAAGCGCGCCGCAACUGGGUGACGCCGUCCGUCGUCUCCUCCCAGAGUCCGCAGGAGGUCGGCUCCAGCACCGAACUGCCCAGCUCCGGCAAGUUUUUGAUCCACACUGGGGUCGAAGCCACCUUCGCGUCUCCAGGGUUCCCGGACGAUUACCCACCAGACGUCUGGACAUCGUGGAUUUUCCAGGCGAAGGACGCGGCGGCUACACUGCACGUUACGUGUCCGGAGUUCGCGCUGGGCGGCCAGGACAGUCUGUCGCUGCGUACGCCCGAGCACGGCCGCCAGCUGUUCUUCCGCGACAACCUGACCCCGCCGGCCGUGAGCUCGCGCGGCCGGGUCGUCGCGCAGCUGCGCACCGGGCGACGCGACCACGGCCGGUUCCGGUGCACGGUGCGGGCCGAGCUGAUCCGGGAGGUAUCCGAGAGCGACCUGCCGGCCGUGCAGGUCAACGACCCGCUCUGCGGCCGGACCAAGCACACGACCCGUAUCGUGGGUGGCGAGGCUGCGCCCAAGAACACCUACCCGUGGCUGGUAGGCGUAACGACACGCAGCCGGGCAGACAUGUUCUGCGAAGGCAGCAUCAUCAACGAGCGUUUCGUCCUGACGGCCGCUCACUGCGUCGCAAGGCGAAAGCUUUGGGUCCUGAAUGUCCAGGUGAGGAAGCACUUGCGUAACAGGGACAGCGAAGAGCUCAGAUUCAAGGUGAAAAGGGUCAUCAAAUAUCCAGGCUACAAACGACUGCAGGACGAUAUAGCUUUACUGGAGCUGGAUGGCUCCCUCCGUCUUCUCCUGCACAACGACGACGUCCGCGUGCGGCCCAUCUGUUUGCCGACAACCGCGUGCGGCGGCGGCAGCGGCGAUGCCUGCUUUGGCGGCCGCACCGCCGUCGUCGCUGGCUGGGGCGUGAACCAGCAGCGGCCCAAAGCCUACCCGAAGUCGCUUCAGCGUGUGGAGCUGCCGGUGCUAACUAGCGAGGCGUGCGAGGCUAGUCAGCCGACCGUCAUCACCGACAGCAUGCUCUGCACCAGCUACUCCGGCGGCGGCCGCGACGCCUGCCAGGGUGACAGUGGAGGUCCGCUAAUGGUAGACACCGGCAAAAGCAAGACCACCCUGAUUGGCAUCGUCAGCUUCGGCAAGGGCUGCGGCGUGCCGGAACACCCGGCCGUCUACACCCGCGUCUCAGAAUACUACGACUGGAUCAUAGAGAACGCCCGCCUCUAAAGUCAGUCGAACGAAGAGAAGUGCUAUCCCGGCCGCCUUCAAGUCACCAGAAUCGUGAAC